AUGCUUCCAAUUUUUAGAGCAUCAAUUUUCAACUCUAUUAAAAUGCGAGCUUUCUUAAUUUCCAUUAUUUCUCUUACUUUGAUCAUCUCCUUUGUGAUUGCCAAUACUGCUGACAAGACACAGGCAUCGGACUCAGCAACAGGCAAUAUUGAACAUGGCAACAAAAAGGAAGAAACUGCUGCAGAGAAACGCGCAACUAUUGGUGAAGAAAAGAAAAUUGCCGCAGAUGAAGCUUCCCUUCCUGCUGCUGGAAUUUCAAAAGAAAAUACUGGCAAAUUAGAGAAUAAGCGUGAAGAAAGCAAAAUUGAAGGACAAGGACAACAACAUCAAGCAAAUGCUGAAGAAGCUAAUGAAAAGAAGACUGAGAAGAGAGAUGAACAACGCGCAAAGAAUGCAGAAGAGAAACAAGAAGGUAUUGAACGUCGAUCUGAUGAACGCCGUUCUGAAACUAAAAGAGGAGAUGCUGAAUUAGAAAAGGGACAAAACAAGGAAAACAUUGAAACAAGCAAAACUGAGAAGCACGAAAGCAAAAAGCGUGAUACUGAAGUUCAAAAGAAUGAAGGAAAGACUGAGGGAAAGCGUGAAGAAACAAACAUUCAUGGAGCAGCAGCAAACACUGAAGAGAAGAAAACUGUUUCUGCAACAGAAGACCAAAAACAACACAACAAAAGAGAAGAAAUUGCUGGAGCAGAAAUUAAUAAAGAUGAAGCAGCAGCAAAAACUGGAUUGGCACCAGCUACCAACAACAACAAUGAAAAACGUGAAGAAAAGCGUGAGGAAACUGGAAAGGCAACAGAACAGAGAAAAACUGCUGAAGAAGGAAAAGAGAAGAGAGAUGAAAUAACUGCAAAUAAUGAAGAGAAGAAAAUUACUGGACAUGAAGAAAUCACCAAAAAGACCGAGAAGCGUGAUGAGGCUGCUGCUGCAGGAACAACUGAAGAAAGGAAGAAUGUUGGAACUGAAGAAAAACGUGAAGAUAAACGUGAGGAAGCUGUUGCACCAGAAGAGAAGAAGGAAGAAAUUGAAAAGGAAAAGAAUGUUGAAACUCCACGCAAACAACAGAAACGAUGGGCUAUCCGUGCAGUUCGAGCUUUGUUCUAA